CCUCCCACUCUUCAGUGCCAGAUUCGUAAGCACUUAGCCAAGCAUGCUGGGAGACACAGAAUAACGGAAAGAGGCGAAUAUCUGGAUGUCUUGAAUUUGCUUGCAUUCUGCUCUGUUUCUCUACCAUCUCGUUACUAGACAUGGGCAUUAGAUGUGACAAUCAACAACAUCUGAGCUGAACAGAAGAAACAUUAAAGGCAUAGUCUUCAGGAGAAAUGCCUCGAAGACAGCCUCUGUCACCUAAUCAGACUUUAAUUUUAAUCACAAAUGACACAGAAUCAUCCAGCCCUGUCAUUCCUAAUGAUACCAAGAAUAAAGGAUGGACCGGAGACAACUCUCCAGGAAUAGAAGCUUUGUGUGCCAUCUACAUAACGUAUGCUGUGAUCAUUUCAGUGGGCAUCCUUGGAAAUGCUAUUCUCAUCAAAGUGUUUUUCAAGACCAAAUCCAUGCAAACAGUUCCAAACAUUUUCAUCACUAGCCUGGCUUUUGGAGAUCUUUUACUUCUACUAACUUGUGUGCCGGUGGAUGCAACCCACUACCUUGCAGAAGGAUGGCUGUUCGGAAGAAUUGGAUGUAAGGUGCUCUCUUUCAUCCGGCUCACUUCUGUUGGUGUAUCAGUGUUCACAUUAACAAUUCUCAGCGCUGACAGAUACAAGGCAGUUGUGAAGCCACUAGAGCGACAGCCCUCCAAUGCCAUCCUGAAGACCUGUGCCAAGGCUGGGUGCAUCUGGAUCAUGUCAAUGAUAAUUGCUCUACCAGAGGCUAUAUUUUCAAAUGUAUAUACUUUUCGAGAUCCCAACAAAAAUACAACAUUUGAAUCAUGUGCUUCUUAUCCUGUUUCAGAGAGGCUCCUGCAAGAGAUACAUUCUCUGCUGUGCUUCUUAGUGUUCUAUAUUAUUCCACUCUCUAUUAUCUCUGUCUAUUAUUCUUUGAUUGCUAAGACUCUUUACAGAAGCACCUUGAACAUGCCUACUGAGGAACAAAGCCAUGCUCGUAAGCAGAUUGAAUCCCGGAAGAGAAUUGCCAAAACGGUGUUGGUGCUGGUGGUUCUGUUUGCUCUCUGCUGGUUACCAAAUCACCUCUUGUAUCUCUACCAUUCAUUCACUUAUCAAACUUACAUGGAUCCCUCUGCCAUUCAUUUUAUUGUCACCAUUUUCUCUCGGGUUCUGGCUUUCAGCAAUUCUUGUGUAAAUCCUUUUGCUCUUUACUGGCUGAGUAAAACCUUCCAGAAGCAUUUUAAAGCUCAGUUCUUCUGUUGCAAGGCAGAGCUGCCUGACCCUCCUCCUGCCGAUACUCCUCUUGACAACCUGGCUGUAAUGGGAAGGGUCCCUGGUGCUGGGAGCAUGCAGAUGUCUGAAACUAGUAUGUCUUUGUUCACUGGGUGGAGUGUGAAGAAAGAAGAUGACAGAGUCUAGCUUUUAAAUUAAAAAUGGUAUUUUUCCUCCCAGCGUAUGUAUCCAAUACUGAGCUGUGCAUAGGUAUAUGGUGUCAGGGUUUUUGUUGCUUACGAAUUGUGUUAAAAUCUUAGGAGUGAAGGUCUUUUAAAAGUAAAAGACAAACCAUGAUUUUCUUUAAAGUACAAAUGCUAAUGUUAUUGGGCUUUCUAAAUAAAGUGAAGCCCCACUAGGUGUAGAAAGAAACAUUUAUAUAUGUCAGUGGGUCUUAAGGGAGGUUGCACAGAAGGGAAGGUAAAAUGAACAAGAUAAUUUUUAAAAAUCGAAUUUGCUUCCAUCACAUCUAUAAUGCUUCUAAUUACUCAUAUAUUCUUGUGAUUUUCAUAAAAUUGUGUUUGUGUUUAUUAUAUGGUAUAAAUCUACACAUUACACCUUGCAUAUGAAAAGGGG